UCAGUUGUUUUUGAACGCUCUCGCAAUUGAGUUGCAUGCGUUCUAUGUACAUAUAAGAAAAUAAAUGAAUUUGAAAAUAAAACAAAAACCUAUAAAAAAUAAUAAACAAAAUAAGUGCAAAAUAGUGAAAAAGUGGAAAAAAAAAUUGCAAAAGAAAUAAAAUUUAAAUAAUGCAUUUACACAUCACCACCAUCAUGUUUAUCAUAUUCGAACAUAUAAAUAAAAUCUUUACACAAGGUAUACCCAUAAGUCCUUGUCCGAAAAUGUUUCAAUAUCGUUUUGAUGGCGCGGAAUGGUUUGGCAUAUUAUCGGUGCGUAAUCCAGAUUUUGGUCAAGCUCUACAUUUGCGUGUCACCCUCUCGAUGAGAGGGAAACCGACAACGAAUUAUUUGGGCGAAAUUGAGUUGUUAACACGUGGACAAUUCUUAAGCGACACACCGGUAUUGUAUAAAAUUAAAUUUCCGAAAAAUCACUUUCCACCUAAAUUGUUACAAAUCACAACGAAUAAUCAAGUUGUUUGUCUAGGAGCACAAGAUCACAGUAUCUUUGUGACACAAAUACAAUUGGAACACACUAGAAAGUUUACAUUUCUACCCGAUGAAAUACCACCACCUAUACAAACAUCAUCAUCAUCCUCCUCGUCAUCAUCAGCCUCAUCUUCUACAGCUACAAUGGGCCUGGGGGGAGGUCACUCAGCUUCUAUAUCAGCAUUGCCCAUAACAACAGGCAUGAAGGAAUCAUCAAUACUACCAACUAACAUUGCAUUUGGUACUAAACAUUUGCCUUUAACCAAUAUGGAAAAGAAUCCCAUGCGCCUUUCAAAGGAUAUUUGUGGCACUAUCGAUGACCGUAUACGUUUUCAAGUUUUGCAUGCAUUAAAACAAACUACAACUUCUAUAGUUUCUUCUUCCUCCUUUUCCUCUUCCUCGAGUACAACAUUUAAAAACCAAGCAGAUAGUGUAGGUUCGUUAUUGUUGUCAGCAAUAUUGCCACGUCCAAAUGAUGAAAUCUCUACGGGUGGUAGUAAAACGGCAACUGUCGCUACAAAAGCCAGAGGACAAGAAGGAGAUGAACAUGAUGAGGAUGAUGGUGAUGACAGUUUACCUCCCUUAGUUACCAGUGACACUGAUUUGAAUUCUGAUUUUAUGUUGGAUGAUGCUGCCUCAACUGAUGGUUCAAUGACCAUCAAUGAGUUGCCUUCGAUUACUCGUGGAGCCUGGCCCUGGCUGGCAGCUGUUUAUGUUAAUAAUUUAACAUCUCUGGCUUAUCAGUGUGGCGGUACACUGGUAUCGCCACGCAUUGUUAUCAGUGCAGCACACUGUUUUCAGUUGUUCAAGAAACGUUAUACUGCCAAUGAGGUCUUGGUGUUUUUAGGACGUCACAACUUGAAAAAUUGGAAUGAAGAAGGUUCAUUAGCGGCUCCAGUUGAUGAUAUUUUUAUACAUCCCGAUUAUAAUCAACAUUUGAAUUCAUAUGAUGCUGAUAUUGCUGUAGUGGUGCUGAAGAAUGAAGUUCGCUUUAAUACUUUCAUACGUCCAGCAUGUAUGUGGUCUGGUUCCACAAAGACACAAUACAUCGAAGGAGAGCAUGGCAUUGUUGUGGGUUGGGGUCUUGGAGGCUUCAAUACUUCCAAACAUACCUCCACCACUAGUACAGUGCCGAAAAUUGUCAGUACCCCCAUUGUUUCGAACGAUAUUUGUUUUAAGGCGAAUCCCAAAUAUCGAAGUCUCUCAUCGAAUCGGACUUUUUGUGCUGGGAUUAUGUUGCAAGCCUCAGCGGCAACAACUAAAAGUGAAGUUAGUGGUAAGCCAUUAAAUUUUCAACAACAACUACAUCAGGGACCCUGUACUGGUGACUCUGGUGCGGGUUUAAUGAUUUUCAAAAACAAUCGUUGGAUGUUAAGGGGUACCGUAUCGGGUGUAUUGCCCAUGCAAGCAGCUGUUGUCGAGGGUUCUACCUCAUCUACAACUUCUCGAACCAGCCAGAGUUGUAGUAUAAAUCAAUAUGUGAUUUAUACAGAUGUGGCAAAAUUUCUAGAUUGGAUUUUUGCAUUUAUUAUAUAAAUGCAAACAGAAGGACAGAAACAAAUGUAAAAGGACUUUUAAGGUAAAACAAAUAUUACAAAAAGGGUGUGUAUGUGUAAGUAAUCAAAUUUAAUAUUUUUAGUUAAAUAUAUAGCUGUGCUUAGCACAGUUAUUUCUAUUUUAUUUAUUAUAAGUUAU